AUGGCCGAUCCGGGCCCCUCUGUCAUAGAAGUGAUCGGGCCGCAGCGCAGCAGUUGCGGCUACUGCAGCGGGCGGAAGACGAGCCGCACAUUCGGCUGCUGGGCCGUGAGGCUCACCGUGUACGACUACCAGGCGCUGAUCGACCGCGGCUGGCGCCGCUCCGGCAGCUACAUCUACAAGCCGGUGAUGCGGCGCACGUGCUGUCCGCAGUACACCAUCCGCCUGCGCGCCUCGGAUUUCGUGCCGAGCAAGGAACAGCGCCGCGUGCAGCGCCGCUGGGACGCCUUCCUGCGGGGCGAGCGCUCUGCCGGGCGGACCGACGCGGCCCCGCCGCACUCGCCCAGCCCACGCAAGCAGCCGCAGCGCCCCGCCGCUUCGGCGAGCGACGCCGCGGCCCUCGCCGACGCGCUGCGGCACGCCAUCGCCGCCGUGGUCGCUGCGGGCUCGCUGCCUCCGUGCGAGUACCGCCCCCCGGCGCUCAAGCCGCCCAGGGUGGGGAAGAAGGCCGCUGGCGCGGCGCUGUGCGCGCCCGUCGGACCGGCGCUGGUCGCGCAGGCGCGCAAGGCCGAUCCGAGUGUCGCGGCGUCGGCGGAAUCUGUCGCGGCCGCCGUGGCGGCGGAGCUCUCCACGCGGCUCGCGGCGACGUCGAUGCAGCGCGCGGAGGCGGCGGGCGGGUUCGUCAAUCUGUUCACCGCGCCUGGCCCCGCCGGGGCGGCAGCUGGGGACGCACGUGCAGCGGGGGAGGGGCCGCACGGAGGGCAGGCGUGCGGCGGGGCCGCGGAGGGCGCUGCGCAUGCGCAGAGGGAGGGGGAGACGGGCGGGGGCGCGAGCGAGCGUCCGGAGCGGAGCGGGGGGGGUGUCCAAGCGGGCAAGCGCAAGCAGGCAGAGCCUCAGCGUCUGGCGGGGGCGUCUGGGCGGGAGCAGCAGCUCGAGGUGACGCUGGUUCCGUCGCGGUUCGACGAGGAGGAGUACCAGCUGUACAAGCGGUACCAGAUGGCCGUGCACGGCGACAGCGAGUCCGAGUGCGGGCGCUCGCAGUACAAGCGCUUCUUGUGCACCGCGCCCUUCGCGCACGUGCCUCCCACGGCCGACCCGCAGGCGCCGGCGUGCGGCUUCGGCGCCUUCCACCAGCAGUACCGCGUCGACGGGCAGCUCGUGGCGGUCGGCGUCGUCGACGUCCUCCCGCGCUGCCUGUCGAGCAAGUACUUUUUUUGGGACCCUGAUCUGGCAAGCCUGUCCCUGGGCAAGGUGGGCGCGCUGACGGAGAUCCAGUGGGUCCGCGACGCCGCGGCGGGCCUCCCGCGGGACUCCCCGCUGCAGUACUACUACCUGGGGUACUAUAUCCACUCCUGUCCGAAGAUGAAGUACAAGGCGGAUUACUCCCCCUCGGAGCUGCUCGACCCGUUCGAGUACACGUGGCACCGCUACGACGCGGUCCGGCCGCUCCUGGACGCGCGCGCGGGGCGGUUCGUGCCCCUCAGCGACGCCCUGCGCGGCGGGAGCGACGCGGGGGGUGCCGGCGCUGCGCCGCAGACGGACGGCGACGACGAGGACCCCGGACGGGAGGGCUGGGCCGGGGAGGAGGGCAGCAUCCUGCGGCAGGUGGUGUCGCUGGCCAGCAACAAGGUGCACAUGCCGCUGGAGGCGCUCGCGAAGCAGUUCCAACUCAGCGGGGAGGGAGUGCAAGGUGGCGGCGGUGUGGUCGAGGCUCUCAGCGGGGUGGUGCGCGAGUGGCAGGCGUGGGCGGGCCCGGCGGGGGUCAGCAUGGCGCUGUGCUUGGGCUGA